AUGUCGCCAUCCGUGUUGACCAACUGUACAUCAGAAGUGUAUGCGCGCCAACUUAUGACCUCUCAGGUUGACGAGAAUACCGUAGUUGAAGACAAUCCGCUGCAGGAACGCUCACGGCAACCUCAGCUGGAUGUACAACGUAGCACUACAAACGUGUUCACUAAAGUGGGUGCUGAAGUGGGAACAGAAGCCUCUAAUAGCGAAGAUUCUGGAAUACGCCCUUGUCAGGCGCCGACCGCGACCCAAUUACAUCAGCCUCGGACUGAAGAGUCCAAUUCAGGAUCUACACCCAUGAAUUGUGCGAACGAAUCUGUGAAUAAUACCGACUCGAGUGUAAAGCGAUCUAGCAAUACAGGGUGCUGCGAGCGCACAUGCACAUCUGCCAAGAAACUGCGCGUGGAUGAGAAAGACUCGAACAGUCAGAAAUACGCCACACUCCGUGCUGGGCCGGUGCGUGCGCUCCAACGGAUAUCUAGUGCAAAAAAGAGCUCACCUGCGAAGUCAAAGAACUCGAGCAUUAAAAGCUAUUUCUCUACCAAAGCAACGAAAUACGAGAAUGGUCUACCAGCGCCUGAAGUGGCUGCAUCAACGAGGGAGCGGCACACACCGCUUCGACUGAAUGUCAAGGCGGACCACUGCAAAGCAAACUCCAGAACUACGGCACAACCCGUACCUGAAUCGUGCGGAGCCAAAACGCGGCCUGCAUUACAUCCUAUCACUCCCGAGGGAAAGCUUCCGCCUUGUAGACAGACGGCUCCCAGUAGCUGCCCUAAGCUUGGAUCUGGAGCUACUCCCUCGAGCACAGCCAUACAACACCCGCUUCAUUCGUCGUCACUGGGUGGAAGUGCGAUGGAGAUCAAUGUUAAGGGACUUCAGGACGAACUGAAGGAAGCUAGAGAUUUGCAAAAGUAUCUGGCGGGCAAGCUGGAAACUUCUAGAAUGAAUGAACGGGCGAUAAACAACAAAUUCGACAAAUCAAAGCAUAUGCUUGUGAAGCUGUUCAGAGAUGAUGUGAUCCAAAGAAGGAAGCGGAUUCGCGAAAUUACAGAAGCGAAUAACUUGAGGCUUGGAUCAUACCAGCCCCGCCGACACGGACAUGAUUUUGUUGAAGCUUGGGUAGACGGAACUGCUGCCAAGGAUAUGAUGAAACGUCUGGACGAAAUUAGGAAAGGUAGGGUGGCGUUGGAAGAAGAAUUUCGACAACUACAAGCAGCAAAGGACGCCACGGAAAGGAACAGUUCGGACACCAGCUUUGACUCACAGCAUGAAAACGAGGAGAAUGUUGACAUGAACAUGAACUCGAACACAACCAAUAGUAAGGAACAAGUUGGGUCAAAGACCACAAAAAGUGAAUUUGCCGUGCCUUGCAGGACCGGCAAUUUACAGACACAGUGCACUCGCGACAACGACGAAGCCUUCCACAGAAAGAAAGAGAUUCUGCACAUCCGCGGAGAUAAUUUGAACAUGAAACAACAAAUUCUGAAUAGCGAGCACAAACAAUUAGAGAAAGAACGGAAUCUUCAUUCUCGGCAAAUCAAGCGGAUUCGGGACGAGGAUAAGUCUGUGUAUAAGAACUGCCCCUUACUACACAACCGGUACUUAUUGUUAGAAUUACUAGGCAAGGGCGGUUUCAGUGAAGUGUACAAAGCAUUUGACUUGGACGAAAUGCGCUAUGUCGCCUGCAAGAUCCACUCGCUGGUAUCGCAGUGGUCCGAAGAGAAGAAGUACAACUACAGCAGGCACGCAACACGGGAGUAUGAAAUACACAAGGAGUUGAAGCAUCCGAAUAUAGUACAGCUCUACGACAAGUUUGUCAUAAAGGAAGAUACAUUUUGUACCGUUUUGGAGUUCUGCGACGGCAACGAUCUCGAUUUUCACCUCAAACAACGUCCAGCAUUACCAGAGAGGGAGGCCAAGUCAAUCAUAGUGCAGCUAUUCGAUGCAUUACAAUAUCUCAACGAACUGGAGCCGAGAGUGGUUCACUACGAUUUGAAGCCAGCGAAUCUCAUGUAUUGCAACGGGGUUGUGAAGAUCACCGAUUUUGGACUCUCGAAAAUAAUGGAAGCACAAAUGAGCGAUGACAGUGAGAUGGAGCUCACAUCCCAAUUUGCUGGAACCUACUGGUACUUACCUCCGGAAGUCUUUGUCACGGGUCACUUCACACCGCGCAUAAAUUCUAAGGUAGAUGUAUGGUCAGCCGGGUGUAUUUUCUACCAGAUGCUAUACGGGAAGAGACCCUUUGGGCACGAACUAUCACAGCAAAAAAUUCUGCGAGAACAAGUGAUACUGAAGGCCCGUCAAGUAGAAUUUCCAAAGCGAGACAUAAGUCAAGAUACGAAGCUAACACGAGCUGUGACACCCGUAGACCGAUUUCGAGGAUUCCAAUUAUCAGCCGAGUAGGAUUUACUUCUAGUCCCCGUUCAAAGUAUAAGACCCAAUCAGUACAAACAUGUUUGCCUAAAAACGGAAAGAUCCACUUCCAUAAUGUGGCUAAACGAUCUUUGUUAAGACUCAGUGGGACUAGUGGACUACAGCAAUGAACCAAUGUAUCUUCACCUGUUGAAAAACUUUGCCGCCCAGCUGCUGGCAGAUUUAAAUAGGGGGGCUCUAGGCUUAAAAAUCCCACACGCGUCCUCUAAGUAAAGGUUUUGGAUAACAAACAUGCACCUCGUCUACUAGAGAGGAAUGUGACUAAGCAAUCACAGCUUGUAAGACUAAAUAAAAUAACGUCACUAGACAACACAUACGCACGUGUACUUGCG